AGGACGUCCACGUCAGCUUGGAAAAUCUUCCAAUAGGGAGGUUGCUUUUUGCUACAUUACACACGGAUUUGGGUAUUAUUGGGCUUCUCCUCUAUAAUAUCAAUUAUUUGUUUCAACGGGCCUACCAAAUCAAAUAUAUCAAAGUGAACGAAACCUCUUACGAAGCCCAUUCCAGCUUCUUCCUUCUUUGACCGUUCUCAUCGUCUCUAUUCCUCUCUUUCCACUAUAGAAACCAGAACGAUAUGUAACGCCUUCUUCAUCACUGACACCAUCUCAUUAAGUUCCACCAUUAACUCGCUCGGUGAAGUUUUCCCGUUAGGUCGAAUUUAAUUAUUCUUCUCCCACCUCCUUUGCAAAUCCCUAAUUUUCUAUACAAUAAAUAGUGAUGCAACCAUCUCCAAAUCUCACUGCUUCACCAGAUUCAUUACCAUCGCCUUUACAAAUAUAUCCUACAACAAUGGUGGGAUCCCUUAUGUUCUUUCCGAUUUGAAGGCCGUGGGUGUUCUCAGAUGGUGGUGACGCGUCUCCUACGUUGAAGUGCGCAAUAUGAAGAAAAUCGGUGACCUGAUGGGUGUAGACAUGCUCCUCCUUGAUGAAAAGGUUGCAUCAUAUUCCAUCCCGUAUAUCUUCCAAUUUUAGGCUGGUUACACUCAUAAACUUGAUCCCCUUCUUCAUGCUUUUACCAAUUUUCAGUCAACGCUUCUCCAAGGUUCCAUCUUUGUUCAUCGCCUUAACACUUCUAAACAUAUGCUGAAAGAGGGAGUUGGUGCAAGCUCAGUGGGUUUUAUGUUACCUGAGGAAGGUAAUUGAACUGAUGCCGUUUUAAUUUUUCAUAAUCAUGGUCUCAGAAACUAUACUCUUAUUGAUUUUCAAGAGGUAAUAAAACUAUCUUUACAUUUUUUUUUAAUUGAAUGUUAAAUUUAAUUCAAAAGAAAAAUUCUUUUCUUUAAAUCAAGUGUAACUAUCUUUACAUUGCUUCUUCCAUGUUCUUACUUACCCUCAAAAUGAUUAUAGGGAAACUAUAGCCUCUAGCUUCAAGACGGUGUGAAAUAAAUGCUUGCUUUAGCCUAAGAAUAUGAUUUUAACAGAGAGCAAGUCCAAGAACUCAUUAGAAAAUAUCUUGCAGUUGAGAAUCCACCAGUAGAUCUUUUGUUUUUGUAUUUUGAUUGAUAUUCUACAAAUACAAUAGAUGGAUUGCACUUUAGGUGACGAUGGUGAGGUUCAUUCUACAAAUAAUGAGGCUUUAUCUACUGUUUCCUAUCGCAUUGAGUGGAAUCUGAGACAUACUCUCAAGCUAGGUUGCACGGGUACGCCAACUUGGUGCCGUCUCACGUACCGGGUUCGUUGGGUGGACGGGUACGGCUCGGGUAUGCCUGGGAAACGUACCCAACACGUGUAAGGUGAACCCGGGACGGCCUGCCUCAGCAGGGGCGGGCUUGGUCAGAGAUUGGAGAGUCUCAAGUCUACAUAUGAAACUCUCUUUGAGAUGUUAAAAUACUCAUCCUGGAGGGUUGCAGUUUUUGUCCAUCCUCUGUGUUGAUAUUCAUUAGUCAUAGUCCUGCUACUUUAAGCUUCAUCAAAUCACUUGGGAUGAUCAUGCUUCCUUGCUUGAGAAAACUGUUGCUUAUGAGGCGGUGCAUCAAAUCAGCAACAUCUUGGAUCUUAAGAAAGAUUGGGAAUAGGUCGUUGAUGCUUUGGUUAUUAUCAUCCAUCUAUUCAUGGGACAACAACCUAGGUGACGAUAUGCCAGGAGCUACAUGUGUGUCCUUCAUCUGCUCAAAACGCCACAAGCUGUCUGAAACUGAUCAGGCCACUGGCAGUUGUGGCGUCCACUUACGGAAACAACAGGAGCUGAGGAAGACACGGUCGGGAGUUCAGCAAAGGAGCCACAUGUUUCAACAACAGAGAGGGAGCUUAAGAAGGAACCCAAAGCAUAUAUGCUUAAGAUAGCCAAAUGAAGACUCAUCUACUUUCUCGCAAAGUCUUUUUUAAUAGAAAAUAUCUAUGGUUCUAUCACCAUUCCUAUAUAAAAGCAUAUUUCAUCUCAAUCCACCCCAAUCUUGGUUGACAUUUGUUUGCAAGCUCUGGGUAUUAACGUAUUUAGCUAGAUAACA